AGUAGUUUCGUUAUCGUCGCAGCGCUAUCGUCUGGCAAAAAAUACCCAAACAAAACAAACACCAGUUGGCAGUUUCCAGUACAGGACCUAACCGAAAUUACCAAUAAAACGAAUAUACAAAUAGAUCAAAUGGCUACAACCGACCAAUACUCAAACAAACUUCAGAAGUUCCUAUGCGAUUUGUGUAGGAAAUGUUUUUCUACCAAAAAGCAAAUUCUCCGUCACAUGAUUAUCAUCCACAAUACUGCAACGGCGAAUCGUUUUCUCGAAAAACACAAGUCUGAUGAAAACCCUUACAAGUGUGGAGUUUGUUUAAAAUCUUUUAAGACGAAAUCCAAUCUGGUAAGACACCAAAGCGUGCAUACUAAAGAAAAGCCCUACAAAUGUGUUGUAUGCCUGAAAUCGUUUUCGGCAAAAUCCUAUCUGGUAAUACACGAACGAACGCACACUGGACAGAAGCCAUACAAAUGUGACGUGUGUCUAAAGUCUUUUACACAAAAACCUAACCUCACAGUACAUAUGCGUGUCCAUACCGUAGAAAAACCUUACACAUGUGCCGUUUGUUUAAAAUCGUUUAAGGCGAAAUCCUCACUGGAAACGCACAUACGGCUGCAUACUGACGGAAAUCUCUUCAAAUGUGACGUGUGUCUGAAGUAUUUUACACGAAAAGGAAACCUCGCAGUGCACAAACGAUUGCAUACCGGGGAAAAACCCUACACUUGCGACGUGUGCCGGAGAUCAUUUUCGACAAAAUCCUGUCUGGUAUAUCACGUGCGCAAGCAUACUGGCGAACAUCCUUACAAACGUGUUGUAUGCUUGAAAUCUUUUUCGGAAAAAUGCAAUCUAGUAACACACAAAUGCACGCACACUGGCGAGAAGCCAUACAAUUGUGUCGUGUGCCUGAAAUCAAAUUCGGCAAAAUCAAGUGCGGUAACGCACGAACGCAAGCACACUGGCGAGAAGCCACAUAAAUGUGACGUGUGUCUAAAAUAUUUUACUCAAAAAACAAUCCUAGCCGUAAACAAACGAGUGAAUACUGGAGAAAAGCCCUACACUCGUGACGUCUGUCUGAAACCUUUUUCGGAAAAAUCCUAUCUGGUAAAACACGCACGCGAGCACACUAGCGAGAAGCCAUACAAAUGUGAAUUGUGUCUAAAGUGUUUUACACAAAAAGCGAACCUUAUCCAACACAAACGUGUCCAUACCAGAGAAGAGUGUAACGAGUGCUUAAGAUCGUUGACUCCAGAGCACCGCCUGGCUGGACUCAAAUGUGUCCAUAUUGAUAAAAAGCCAUACAAAUGUGUUUUCUGCAUGAAGAGUUUUACAAAUAAAGGAAACCUCGCGAUACACGAACGAGUGCACACUGGCGAGAAGCCAUACAAAUGUGACUUGUGUCCAAAGUAUUUUAGACAAAAUGCUCACCUUGCCCGACACAAACGUAUCCAUAGCGGAAAAAAUCCUUACAAAUGUGCCGUUUGCUUAAAAUCGUAUAAUGCGAAACCCAGUCUGGUAACGCACAUACAGCGGCAUUCUGUCCAAAAGCCAUAUAAAUGUGCUGUGUGCCUGAAAUCGUUUUCGGUAAAAUCCCUUCUGGUAGUACACGAACGAGUGCAUACUAGCGAAAAGCCCUACAAAUGUUUUUUGUGCCCGACAUAUUUUUCGAGAAAAGCCUAUCUGGUGAGCCACGAACGCACGCACACUGGCGAGAGGCCAUACAAAUGUGACGUUUGUCUUAAGUAUUUUACACGAAAAGCCGACCUCGCCGUACACGAACGAUUGCAUACCGGAGAAAAACCUUACGUUUGUGACGUGUGUUUCAAGCGUUUUACUCAAAAAAUUACCCUUACGGUACAUAAACGUGUCCAUACCAGAGAAAUGCCUUACAAAUGUGAAGUUUGUUUAAAAUCUUUUAAGGCAAAAUGUAAUCUGGUAAGGCACGAACGCACGCAUGCUGCAGAAAAGUCAUACAAGUGUGUUGUGUGCCUGAAACCUAUUGCAAUGAAAUCCUACCUCGCUAAAAAACAUAAACAUGUUUACUCUGGUGGAAAUCCUUGCGAAUGCGAGGACCUAACCGAAAUUAUCAAUCAAACGAAUAUACAAAUAGAUCAAAUGGCACAAACUAUAACCAACCAAUAUUCAAACAAACUUCAGACGUUCCUUUGCGAUUUGUGUAAAAAAUGUUUUUUUACCAAAAAGCAAAUUUUCCGUCACAUGAUUACCAUCCACAGUACUGCAACGGCUAAUCGUUCACUCAAAAAACACAAGUCUGAUGAAAAUCCUUACAAGUGUGGAAUUUGUUUUAAAUAUUUUUCAGCAAAAUCCACUCUGGUAAUACACGAACGAACGCACACUGGUCAGAAGCCAUAUAAAUGUGACGUGUGCCUGAAAUCUUUUCCAAAUAAAUCCUAUCAGGGAACUCAUAUGCGCAUACAUACUGGCGAAAAGCCCCACAAUUGUGUUGUAUGCCUGAAAUCUUUUACGGAUAAAUCCAAUCUGGUAAAGCACAUGCGCGUGCAUUCUGGCGAAAAACCUUACAAAUGUGUUGUAUGCCAAAAAUCUUUUUCGGAAAAAUCCACUCUGGUAAAGCACAUGCGUUUACAUACUGGCGAAAAACCAUACUCUUGUGACUUGUGCCUGAAAUCUUUUUCGGUAAAAUCCUAUCUGGUAAGACACAUACGCAUGCAUAAUGGCGAAAAGCCUUACAAUUGUGUUGUAUGCCUGAAAUCUUUUACGGAUAAAUCCAAUCUGGUAAAGCACAUGCGCAUGCAUACUGGCGAAAAACCUUACAAAUGUGUUGUAUGCCUGAAAUCUUUUUCGGCAAAAUCCACUCUGGUAACGCACAAACUCACGCAUACUGGCGAGAAGCCAUAUAAGUGUAAUGUGUGCCUGAAAUCUUUUCCAGUAAAAUCCUAUCUGGUAACUCAUAUGCGCAUACAUACUGGCGAAAAGCCCUACAAUUGUGUUGUAUGCCUGAAAUCUUUUUCGGCAAAAUCCACUCUGGUAAAUCACGUGCGCGUGCAUACUGCCGAAAAACCUUACACUUGUGACUUGUGUCUGAAAUCUUUUUCGGUAAAAUCCUAUCUGGUAAAACACGAACUCACGCAUACUGGCAAGAAGCCACACAAAUGUAAUGUUUGUUUAAAAUCUUUUACUGUGAAAUGCAGCCUGGUAACACACCAAAGCGUGCACACUAAUGAAAAACUUUACAAAUGUAAAGUUUGUUUAAAAUCGUUCAAAGUGAAAUCCAGUCUGGUAAGGCACGUAAGCCUCCAUACUGGCGAAAAGCCCUACGAAUGUGUCGUGUGCCUGAAAUCUUUUUCGGCAAAAUCCACUCUGGUAAAGCACAUGCGUGUACAUACUGGCGAAAAACCAUACUCUUGUGACUUGUGCCUGAAAUCUUUUCCAGUAAAAUCCUAUCUGGUAAGACACAUACGCAUGCAUAAUGGCGAAAAGCCUUACAAUUGUGUUUUAUGCCUAAAAUAUUUUACGGAUAAAUCCACUCUGGUAAAGCACAUGCGUGUACAUACUGGCGAAAAACCAUACUCUUGUGACUUGUGCCAGAAAUCUUUUUUGGCAAAAUCGUCUCUGGUAGCACACGAACGCCUGCAUACUGCCGAAAAGCCCUACGAAUGUGUCGUGUGCAUGAAAUCUUUUCUAGUAAAAUCCUAUCUGGUAAAGCAUAUGCGCAUACAUACUGCCGAAAAGCCCUACAAAUGUGUUAGAUGCCUGAAAUCUUUUUCGAUAAAAUCCAACAUGGUAGCACAUGAACGCACGCACACUGGUGAAAAGCCUUACACUUGUGAAGUGUGUUUAAAGUGUUUUACACAAAAAUCAAACCUCGCAGUACACGAACGCAUGCAUGCUGCAGAAAAGUCAUACAAGUGUGUCAUGUGCCUGAAACCUAUUGCGGUGAAAUCCUACCUCGCAAAAAAACAUAAACAUGUCCAUUCUGGUGACAAGCCUUGCCAAUGCGAAGUGUGUUUCAAGUGUUUUGCUAAAAAAUACGACACAGUUAAACAACAAAAACGUGACCAUGUUGGAGAAUAGUCUGAUCUUUAUCAGUCAUCAGUCUUUACCUACAAUUUAAAUGUAAGACUUUUUUGUCUAUGUGUUAAUCAUUACUUUAUACUUGUUGUAACAAAAAAUGAACCAUUUUAUGGACAUUUAGUUAAAAUUAAAAAUA